AUGUUGAAGAAACUGACCUUGGACCAGAUCAAUGACUGGUUCACAAUUGGAAAGAAAGUCACUCAGGUGGAGUUUUUGGGGCGUUUUGCUUCUGUCCCUUUUGCUGCUGAGGAGAGUUCGGACACUCAAGAGAUAUCUAAAAAGAAGAGUACUGGCAUUGAAUAUGUCGCAAAAUACAGACAACUGGAGACAGAAGAACUUAAUGAAAUAGACAGCAGUUGGCCUCCCUGUAAACCAGAGACUUCGGCUCCAUCUCAACCUGAAGCCAGCCCUGUGACUUGUGUACCUGUUAGCAAUUACAGGUAUCCAGAUUUGCCGAUAUCAGGAUACAAGGAACAGCUAGUUUCCUUGAUAGAGAACAACUCAGUGGUCAUUAUACGUGGAUCUACUGGGAGUGGGAAGAGUACUCAGCUUCCGCAGUAUGUCCUGGACCACUUUGAGCAGCACUCUACUUACUGCAACAUCAUUGUUACACAGCCUAGGAAGAUUGGGGCAAGCAGCAUUGCGAGGUGGAUCAGUAAGCAACGGUCAUGGCCACUGGGUGAACGCGUGGGCUACCAGGUUGGUUUAGAAAAGGUUGCAUCAGAAAAGACCAGACUGAUGUAUGCAACGACUGGCAUUCUCCUUCAGAAACUUGUCGGAGCCAAAACUCUUUCAGAGUUCACCCACAUCUUCAUAGAUGAGGUACACGAGCGUACUGAAGAAAUGGAUUUCUUACUGCUGGUUGUCCGUAAACUACUGCGCACCAAUUCACGGUUCGUGAAGGUCAUUCUGAUGUCAGCGACAAUCAACUGUCAAGAGUUUGCCGACUACUUUGCAAUCCCAGUUCGCGAUAAAUUGUACCCAGCCUAUGUGUUUGAAGUGGAAGGCAAGCCCCAUGCAAUCGAGGAGUAUUACCUUGAUGAUCUGACACAUGUCAUCAGUCAUAUCAUGACUUACAUUCAAGCUUCUGAGGAGCCUCAAAUACAUGCAGAAAUGUACAAUGCUGCUGUCACUCUGAUCAUGUGGUUUGACAAGCUAGAAAUACAGGAGAAUGGGGCAGAAAAUCCUAAUCUGGAAUACAUGUCGGAACGUGGAAGUGUGUUGGUAUUUUUACCAGGUUUGGAAGAAAUAAAUUACAUGCAUGAGCUUCUCACGGGCAUGGCUUACAGGAGGUUGCAAGUGUAUCCACUCCAUUCUAGUAUCACCUUGGAAGAACAGACUAAUGUGUUUCUGGCUCCAGUUCCUGGAUACCGAAAAAUUCUCCUCUCUACAAACAUAGCAGAGAGCUCUGUAACUGUUCCAGAUGUCAAAUACGUCAUUGACUUCUGCUUGGCUAGAACUCUGGUUUGUGAUGAAGACACCAACUAUCAGAGCUUGAGGCUAUGCUGGGCUUCUAAAAGCAGCUGUAAUCAGAGGAAAGGCCGAGCUGGCCGUGUUUCUAAGGGAUACUGCUACAGGCUGGUACGUAAAGACUUUUGGACCCGGUGCAUCCCUGAGACCAGUGUUCCUGAGAUGAUGCGAUGUCCAUUGGAAACUACUGUAUUAAAAGUGAAGCUGCUUAACAUGGGAGAACCCAGGGCUUUAUUAGCAACAGCUCUGUCUCCUCCCAGUAUAUGUGAUAUUGAGCAGACUAUUCUAAGACUUAAGGAGAUUGGAGCACUUGCUGUUGAUGUCCAUUCUGAAGAGCAAAACCCAUAUGACGGUGAACUGACAUUCCUAGGAAGAGUGUUGGCAGAUUUACCAGUGGAUCAGCAUCUUGGCAAGCUUAUUGUUCUUGGGCACGUCUUUGGGUGUCUGGAUGAGUGCCUUAUAAUUGCUGCAGCCCUCUCCUUGAACAACUUUUUUUCAGCCCCCUUCAGACAGCAUUUUGACAGCUACAGGAAUAAAAUGCAUUUUGCUGGGAACAGCAGAAGUGAUUGCAUCGCACUUGUUGACGCCUUUAAGGAAUGGCAGGAAAGCAGGAAAAACGGAAAGCUUCGACACCCCAAGGAUGAACUGGACUGGGGACGUUCCAACUAUAUUCAUAUCAAGAGGAUCCGGGAGGUGGCUGAAUUGUAUGCAGAGUUGAAAAAAAGAGUUGGCAGAUUCAAUAUGCACGCCUAUACCCAGCCUCCUGUGAUGGAUUCUGAGCAUGUCUACAAGCAACGCUUCAUCUUGCAGGUGGUUAUGGCUGGAGCUUUCUAUCCGAAUUACUUCAGUGUUGGAGAAUAUGAUGAGGAAAUUUCUGUGAGGGAGCUGUUGGGCGAAAAUCCUAAAACAACUAUAGUGUUGAAGAACAUGCCCCCAUUUGGUUUCCUCUACCAUGAACAGCUGCAGUCCUUGUUCAGACAGUGCGGCCAAGUAAAAUCUAUUUCCUACGAUGGGACCAAGGCUUUUAUAGAAUUUUCUCGGAAUCCAACCCAAACGUUUAAAGUUCUUCCCGCGGUGUAUUUGGCCCUGAAGAUGUCGCAGCUCCGAAUGCAGUUGGAACUUAACACACAUUCCCCAGAAGAGAUUGAGAGCAAAAUGGGAAGAGGAUCAGUUGCGGCUGUGAGGGGCUCUCGAGUGAAUGUGCACUUUCAGAAGCAUACAGUGACUGCUGUGAAGUUCACUAAUGAAUUGGAAAAACUACCGACCAUAAACACCCUUGAUUUAUCUAUCAGCGUCACAGAGGUGGUAGAGGUUGGACACUUCUGGGGUUACAGAAUAGAUGAUAUAAGCAUGGAAAUGUUAAAAAGUUUGUGUGCUGAGAUCAAUCAGCUGAAACUGACCCCUUUGCCAGUUCGUCCUCAUCCGGAUUUGGUUUGUUUGGCGCCGUUUACAGAUUGGGAGGAUAAGAGAUACUACCGAGCUCAAAUCCUGUAUGUUUCUGGUGAGAAUGCAGAGAUUUUCUAUGUUGAUUAUGGCAACAGGUCAAAAGUGGCUUUGAACCUCUUACGGGAGAUCCCAAGUCAUCUUCGAGAACUUCCUUUCCAGGCUCUGGAAUUCAAAGUGCGCAGAAUGCGACCCUCAGCACAUUCCCUGAUCUGCGGAGAGCAGUGGAGUUCUGCUGCAAGUAAAAGGUUUGCCACUUUAGUCAAUGGCAGUGCCCUCAUGGUGAAGGUCUUCUCGAUUGUGCACAGCAUCUUGCAUGUCGACGUACUUCGAUACUCUGAAAGAAUGGAGAUCGUCAACAUCCGCGACGUACUUAUCCAAGAAUGUCAUGCCGAGCUGGCAGAGGAUUCCUACGAAUCAGUUCAAAGCAAUGAAAACCUCAAGUUGGUGUUUUCAAACCCAGAAGCAAACAGGAAGAAUGGAUCUUCAUUUAUCCGGAACAGCUCUAAAGAAGAAAACCGCAUCAUUCAAAUGUUGCUGGAGAGCUGCUCUGCCAAUCGGUUUGGGACUCCAAAAUGUAAGGCAAGACUAAUUGGCCCUUUCAACCCUUACAUUUUGAAGUUCAGCAGUAUGACCAGAGUCUCCAGGUUCAGAACCGUUUUGGUCAUGAGAGAGAGUGUAAACUCUGUUGUUGUUGCUGAUGCUCCUGAGAAUACAUUCCAACAGAUCUUGGUUGCUUCGUCUGUAUCAAUAAAUGCAUCAGGAACCACAAUGUUACUGAGGGAGACGUCUCUUAUGCCGCACAUCCCAGGCCUCCCAGCACUGCUUGCCAUGCUCUUUGCUCCAGUUAUAGAGCUCAGAACGGAUGAAAAACAAACAAGGUAUACUGGUGUCCUUUGUGGUUUGGGAUGGAAUCGUUCUCUGGGGACCCCAGUUUUCCAGGACCAUGACAUGGAGCUGUCAUUCGAUGUGGAGAUUGACACGGAAGACAUGACUCAGAUAAAUAUUCUAAGAAUGGCCAUUAACAAAUUAGUCAGCGACGGUCCAAACGGCCUGCUGCAUUUUGGUCAAGUGAGAAUUUCCCAGUUACAGCAGGCUGCGCGAGAAAAGCUGCUAGGCUUGAUCUGCAAAUCAAAACCUCGCAAUGUGAUUCCUCCCAAGUGGCAUGCAAACGUAUAUGAAUGGAAUCAGCUGAAGCCAAGCCUUCUCAUUGACCAGUCGGACCUGCAGGGUGCAAGAGGAAUGAACAGUUGUCUGUACCAGUUGCAUAACCUGGUUUUAUUGAAUGCAUGAGGUCCUUUUGCACACUUUAAUGGAAAUAAGUCUUGUUUGACUGCUUGUUGAUGUAUAUGAGAUUUAAAUUGUUCCAAGAAGCAACUUAUCUGUAAGAGUACCAUUGAAAAAAUGAAGUUUUCUGUUCUCUCUAUAUGUGCCUUAAUUGAUUUCUGAAUAAUACUGUUCACAUGUUAGCUGUAUAGUAUUGAUGGAGAGGAGAACUUUAGUUCUGCAGACGUUAUGAAUGGCAUCUCCCAUAAUCCCUUAUCAUCUUCUAUUCUGUCUUGGGCAUCUUAGAACUGGAAGUCCUCAAAUACAUAAGGGUUCUGAACAUUAGCCUUGUUAUUGC